GCGUACGCAGUUUCCAUGGGGACUGAAGAUGGCGCCGCGAGGUGAGAUUCUGGAGGGAAGCGGUUGUCCUCCACCCCCCUGGAAAUCCUGUUCUUUCUGAACGGGUGGUAUUAUGCUACCUACUUCCUGCUGGAACUCUUCAUAUUUCUGUAUAAAGGUCUCCUGCUACCAUAUCCAACAGCCAACCUAGCACUCGAUGUGGUGAUGCUCCUCCUUUACCUUGGGAUUGAAGUGAUCCGGCUGUUUUUUGGUACAAAGGGAAACCUCUGCCAGCGAAAGAUGCCACUUGCUAUUAGCGUGGCCUUGACCUUCCCGUCUGCCGUGAUGGCCUCCUAUUACAUGCUGCUGCAGACCUACGUGCUCCGCCUGGAAGCCAUCAUGAACGGCAUCUUGCUCCUCUUCUGUGGUUCAGAGCUGCUGCUUGAGGUGUUAACCCUGGCCGCUUUCUCCAGUAUGGACAGGAUUUGAAGUACAGAAGUUUCAGCCAGCAGCCCUCAGGGGCUGAGCCCGCACAGACUUCCAGUACUCCAGCCACACCAGUGAGGAAUGACGGGUCAGGUGGUCCCAGGGAGAGUUGCGGCUUUUCCUCCGCACAGACAUUUGGGCAACAAUCCGAGCAUAAGGCCGCUGGGCACCGUCUUCUGAACAGGACCGUCGGCCCGAGAGACUCUUCUGCACUCCAGUAUGGGGAGGGGCCCGCUGUCCCCGUCCUGGCCACCCUCAGAACCAGCUCCCUGCUGCCCUCGGUCUCCCCUUCGAUCCUCAUGGCCAGAGCAUCAUGUGUGGACCAUGUGGGCUCCUUGGGCUUCCGGCAGGAUCUGAGCCACACUCCCUGUCCCUGUACGUGCUGUGCCACACCUGUCGCACACGAGCGUGGAGAGCCACGGGAUGGCGUACUCCAAGUGACGCAAAAGCCUCUUGUGCUUACUCUUCCACGACGGAGCUCCAGAACUUUUUUAUUAGCUGAUAAUGUUAUUUUUCUAUUCUCAUCAUGAAACA